GCCCGGGGGGGGUACGGCGCCGGUGUCCCCCGUGGCGCCGGUGUCCCCCGUGGCGCCGGUACCCGGCGCCGCCGGAACCCCCGGAGGCCCGAGCGGCCGCGGCUCCGCCAUAGCGCGGGCGGGGAGAUGGCAGGAAGUGACGCAGCGGGACGGGACGGCGCCGCCGCCAUCAUGAGGGGGCGGGCGGCGGCGGCGGCGGCCGGAGGCUUCCGGGAGCGUUUUGAUUUCGGCGGCCGCGAUGUGGCCUCCUGGUUCCCGGGGCACAUGGCGAAAGGCUUGCGGCAGAUGCGGGCCUCCCUUCGCCGCGCCGACUGCCUCAUCGAGGUGCACGACGCUCGUAUCCCGCUGUCGGGCCGCAAUCCCAUGCUGCAGGAGAUGCUGGGCAUCCGCCCGCGCGUCCUGGUGCUGAACAAGAUGGACCUGGCUGAUCCCCGCCGGCAGCCGGUGAGCACCGGGGCCGGGCUGGGGGGGUGUCACUGCAGGCAGGUGCCAGCGGUUACCUCUGCCUGUCCUUUCCAGACGGUCUUGGAGCGCCUGAAGCAGCAGGGAUGCUUGCACGUUGUCUUCAGUGACAGCCGGCAUGACGGCAACAUCAAGAAGAUCGUUCCCCUGGUUGCCGACCUGGUGAGCAACAGCCCGCGCUACCACAGGGUCGAGAGCACCGAGUACAGCAUCCUGGUGAUCGGCGUGCCCAACGUGGGCAAGUCCUCGCUCAUCAACUCCCUGCGGAGGCUGCAUCUCAAGAAGGGGAAGGCCACUGCGGUUGGCGGCGAGCCGGGCAUCACCAAGGCGGUGCUGACCAGAAUCCAGGUCUGCGAGAAGCCCCUGAUGUAUUUGGUGGACACGCCUGGCGUGCUGCCCCCGAGGCUGGGGGACAUGGAGACGGGCAUGAAGCUGGCACUGUGCGGAGCCAUCCGUGAUCACUUGGUGGGGGAAGACAUCAUGGCCGAUUACCUCCUGUACACCCUGAACAAGCAGCAGCAGUUCGGGUACGUGCGGCGCUACAAGUUGGCAGAGGCCUGCGACAACAUCGAGGCCGUGCUGAGGCAGGUGGCCCUCACCCAGGGCAGGGUGCAAAGGGUGAAGGUGCUGACUGGCACGGGGAACGUCAACGUGACGACGCUCAACUAUUCGGCCGCUGCCUACGAGUUCCUGCGGGAUUUCCGAGCGGGACGCCUGGGCAGGGUGACGCUGGACUGAGCGCUGGGCUGGGGCCGCCUCGGCACGGCGCUCCGCUGCACAAUAAAAGUGGCUCUGAUGGGAUCCCCGCGGCGGGGGCUGAGGCUGUGCUGUGGGGGCUGCCCUGUGGUUUCACUAGGCGGGGCAAUACUGUCUGUGGGGAGUGGGGCACCCACCCAGGGGGGACAAAACCCGUGGCUGCGGUCUUGGCCCUCUCUGGGACCUCCAUCCCAAAAUAAAACCUCCGUUGGGCAGGGUGCUGUGGCGGUGGCCGUCGCAGGGCCGCUGUCCCGAGUCCCUCGCCCUGCAUCCAGCCA